UGAAACUUGUUCGGGUCUGCUGGCUGGUUUGGUAUCUGUCAACGCCUCGCUCUCUCUCUCUCUCUCUCUCUUCUCUCUUGGCUCGCACGGGCACUCACUCCACCGAAGCAUCUUUGUAUGUGGGUCCAACAGCCCAUCCACACAGAGAGAUUCACUGGAAUAUAGAGUAGUCACACCACCUCACUGCUCUUACUCUCUUGCACCUCACACACUCACCCACUCACUCACACGACAGACAACACACAUCAUGACAGUCACCGCACCUACAACAUUCACACCUUCGUCUCCUCCAGAUAUGGCAUCGAGACAUAUGGACGAGACACCUCCCCCCCUCGUCACUCCGCCCGCCGCCGCUGCUGCUGCAUCCAACGCCAGCAAAGCCAAUACGACUGUGAAGAGGACCAUGUCUUCUCAGAGUGACGGCGAUAGGUUGACAGAUGAGAAUUUGCAGAGGCAGAACAAGCAGAUCAGCGAUGCCAACGCUGAAGUCGAUCGGGAGACGAACGCUAUGCCAUCUAUCGAACAGAAAAAGAGAACAUACUCUCAAGACCUAUACGAAUAUACCAAAUCACUCGUGGAUGGAGUUACGAAGACCGGGCACAGUAAUGGAACAUCCUCAACACCCUCUGAAUCCAACGAUGACGCUCAUUCAUUGUCACUCUCCACUUUAUCAAUGAAAGAUCAAGACGAUGCUGCGCCUGCCCAGGCUUCUGAAGAGAUGGCUGCGGUCCCUGCCAUUCACUAGUAUCCCAUCCAACUCUCUACUCUCUCGUACGAAAGCACACAUCCAAUUAUAUUCUGUAGAUGUCGUUUUGGAAUCUUCGCUCACACACCACACCCUGUGACAACCCGCAAACAAACUUGUAACACAUCGUUGCGCCUCUCCGCCUCGCCGCGUGUCUCUCUUCUCAGCUGUUUGCUUUCCAGGAAGCCCGAGAAUUUUUGUAGCGUAUCGCCUUUAGCAUGAUUCGACCCAACGCCCUGUAGCCUUAGUUUGAUGCAUCGUCAUGACCAUAGAC